AUGAGCUCACGGAGGCUUUGACAUCAUACAUCAGCUUCUGUGAGGACUGCUGUAGACCAACUAGGGGUGCACCGAUCCGAUACCAAGAUCGGAUAUCGGCCCCGAUCUAGACAAAAAAGAUGGAUCGGGGAUCGGAAAAAUUAGCCAAUCCAUUGGCCGAUCCAGCACAUCCUACAUCAUUCGUCAGCAGCACGUGUGUCACAUGCUGGAAGAGUUGAGCAUUAGCAACAUGGAGCGAGCCAAAGGGUCGGCUGUGUGGAAAUAUUUCACACUUGCUACGCCAACUACUUUUUUGGCUGUUUGCAAUGUCUGCAAACAAAAUGUCUCGAGGGGUGGUGGUAGUAUUACAAAGUACAACACUACAAAUUUAAUCAAACACCUCAAAAAGCACCAUGCUAAGGAGCACUCUGAAUUCCUGCAGCUCAACAAAACCAAAGAAGCAGGAGACAAUACAGCCCAGCAACUAACUUUGACAGAUGCAUUUCAACGAUGCAACAAGUUUCCAACGGAAAGCUUGAAAGCAUUGGCAAUAAUACAGAAAGUUUUAGAAUUCAUUGUUUUAGAUGCUCAACCAAUGUCAGUUGUUGAAGACGAGGGCUUCCGUCGCCUACUGGAACACUUAGAGCCAAGGUACUCUCUUCCAUCGCGCAAGUAUUUUUCUGAGACUGCAUUGCCAGACCAGUACAAAAAGUAUGCGAACACAUCUCAAAAGAGAUUAAAGACGUAAAGGCAAUGAGUUUCCCUACAGAUAUAUGGAGCUCUGCUGUGUGUCCAAUGUCGCUUUUAAGUUUAAAAGUUUAAAACUGUCCACUGGUUGGACACGAGCUGUACACCACACAGUGCUAUGCUUCAAGCGAAGAACUUCCACGGUUCACACACCAGAGAUACCAUUUUGGCUGCAAUGAAGGAGAUGCUUAACCAGUUUCACAUUCCUUUGAAUAAAGUGCAAGUCAUACUCCGCGAUAAUGCAAGUAACAUGAAAAAGGCCAUGGAUAAGAUGGGGGUGCGGAGCUUAGGCUGCUUUGCUCACACAUUGCAGCUUGUAGUCGAUGAGGGACUACUGUCACAACGGAGUGUGAGCGAUGCCAUUGCAGUCGGUAGACACAUUGUGGGACAUUUUAAACAUUCCCCACUUGCAUAUUCCCGGCUGCAAGAUAUCCAGCUCCAGAUACAAAUGCAACCUAAAUGCCUGCAACAAGACGUCAAAACAAGGUGGAAUAGUACCUACUUGAUGAUAGAGUCUUCUGGAACAGAAGCGAGUCCUCUGUGCUUACAUUGCUGACCAUGACCUGCCCAGUACACUGGCCGCUAACCAGUGGGCUUUGCUAGAAAAAACGAGCAUUGUUCUAGCGCCAUUUGAAGAGCUAACAUGGAAAGUAAGCUCAUCGACUGCCUCCACCGCCGACGUCAUUCCAGCUGUCACCGUCCUCAAACGCAUCCUGGCUAAAGAAGGCGAUGCAGAUACUGGAAUCAAAACAAUGAAAAAUACCCUGCUACAAUCUGUCACCAAACGCUUCGACACUGUGGAAGAUGAACCCCUAUAUGCACUUGCCACCCUGCUGGACCCGAGAUAUAAAGACAGAUACUUUACAAGUGCACCAUCUGCAAAGCGUGCAAAAGAUGCACUGACAGGGGAACUAGAGGAAGACUUGAGGAGUAGCACAGAUGGAGCAUCAGAGGCUGCAGAGCCUCAAGAAAAGUCCCCUUGGGUGGAAGCAGCAGCAGCAGCACCAAGUAAGAGCAGCUUUAUGCAAGAGUUUGACCAAAUCGUGGAGGAGUGUGAAGAUCCCAGUGCAGCAAGCAGCUCGAGCCCUGCAGUCCAACUGCAUGGAUAUCUUGCAGAGAAAACCAUCGCUGCCUCAGACAACCCAUACCAGUAUUGGGGACUGAACAAAUACCGAUUACCUUGUCUUGCUGCCACUACCACAAAAUACCUCUGUGCCCCCUGCACCAGUGUAGAAAGCGAGAGAGUGUUCAGCACAGUUUCCAACAUUGUGGAUGAAAAAAGAAAUAGACUUACAGCAGAGAGAGCAGAAAUGCUUGUCUUCAUGAGAAAAAAAUUGCCAUUGCUGAUUAAGUGAGCAAUCACAGGUCUGAGUGUGACACUGCACUACAUAUGUUUACAAUGUUUGGUUAUUAUUAUGUUUGUUUAUUCUCAAGUUCAGCUGCUAUGUUUUAUUUUGAAUUCCCGUUUGCAAGACUUUGCACUUAAUAUAUUUGUUAAAUGUUUUCAAUGUUGGUUACUGAUUACUAUUGUAUGUUCAACCAUUACACUGUUUUGUUUCUGCGGCUACAUGUUAUUUAUUUUAAUUUAAGAAGUUUACAGAUUACAUUCUGUUUUAGAUUUGA